AUGGAUGGAAAGCGCCCACGGAGCACUGUCAGUAGCCACAUCGCUACUGACGCUAUCAGUACCCAAUCCGCGUCCCCGACGAUCUGGGUGGCUGGGAAUCCUGGUCCGCCUGCGGGUGGGAGACGUGCACUCCGCCAACAGAAAGUUCCUCCACCGGGGGACAAGCAAUUGACGCCCGGAGACUUGCAUGAUACGUUUCCUAAUCGAAUCAAUCUCAGCCCUCCAUCAAAGGCCCCACAACUGUCUUUGGCACCACCUCCUCCUUACCCAAGACAAAACCUCCUCUCCUUUCCCUUAUUCCCUAAUGAUAUUCUCAUCAAAUCAAAACCCCCACAAAACCCUUCUUCUUCUUCUUCUUCGGAUUUCAGCUUCAGCCCCGACACAGACGACUGCGUGACCCACCAUCACAAACUCGCUGAACAAGCAUCCGACCUCCCGUCAUCAGAGCCGUUCACUCCUCAACCCCAUCACGCACCACCAUCUUAG